CUCAGACCUUUUUGGCAAUAUAGCAUGACCAGUUGGCCUGACUACAUGUCUGUACAGGACUGUGGGAGGAAACCUGUGCAAAAUCCACAUGGAAAGAAACCUGGUUGCCUGGCCGGGGAAUCGAACCCAGGCCCAGGCUUGCUGUGAGGCUACGGUUGAUUUCAAAUUAGUGAUCAAAAAUAGAUUGUGCCAAAACCUUUGCACAGGUCACAGGUUAAAUGCAGCAAAUGAACAGUAACCGUGCAGUAAAAUGUCCUGAGGUGUGUUCUCUGUAGAGGAUAAGUUCACUUAUUUCACAGCACGUCAUUUGACCAGGGCAUCAAAACUUUUGCAUAUGACCAUAAAAAGAACAUGUUAAGCAUCUAUUCUUGAAGAGUCAUUGUGCUGCCUCCCUACUGUGGCACAAUCAUGACAUUUUAAACCUGUGUAAACAUUAAACAUAUUGCAGAUGCCAGACAGGGUUUUUAAAUUAGUGUGGUCAACAAGAGUCAUCACUCCCACACAGAGUUCUGAGUGGACAGACAUGGACAGUGUGUUAAGGCAACUGGUUCGUGGGAAGGCUCUGCUGUUCAUCAUAGUUCUUAGCCUGGGAGGAUCUUUCCACAUGGGAAGCAAUGUUACACUCAUCAGCUCCCCAGCUCCAUUCAUUAAGAGCUUUAUAAACAGCAGCUGGACUGAGCGCUAUGGAGAAGCUCCAGGAGAGAAAACAGCCACACUCAUAUGGUCCACUAUAGUGUCCAGCUUUCCUUUUGGUGGUCUGUUUGGAUCCAUCAAUGUCCGCUGGAUCACCAACCACUUGGGGAGAAAGAGAGCUAUGAUCUGGAACAACGCGAUCAGCUUUGUUGCUUUAGGCACCAUGAUCGCAAGCAGAUUCGCAAACUCGUUCGAGAUGAUUAUGCUCUCUCGCUUCCUGUUUGGGUUCAUCUCAGGGAUAAAUACGAGCAUCCAUUGCCUCUACCUUGGAGACAGCUCACCCAAGAAAAUAAGAGGAAUGGUCUCGCUUACGGUCGCUCUCUUCUCAUCUAGUGGCAAGCUGUUUGGGCAGUUCAUGGGACUAAGUGAGAUCCUGGGUCGGGAGGCCUGGUGGAAUAUCCUGCUCGGCAUCCCAGCAUUUUUCUCCAUAAUUCAGAUGGUAACACUGCCUUUCUUUCCAGAAGCACCAAGAUACUUACUAAUAGAGAAGGGAAACACUGAGGAGUGUAAAAAAGCGCUGCAGUUUCUGUGGGGUCCGGGGGACUAUAAGCUGGAGAUUGAGGAGAUGCUGGUAGAGCAGGCAGCUCUGAGAGGAGAGCGCAGUAAGACACUGCUGGAGCUGCUGAGGGACCAAAAUGUACGCUGGCAAAUUUGCAGUUUGGUCAUCAUCCAAGAAGCUAUGGAGUUCUGUGGCAUCUCAGCGCUCAACCUACAUUCUUACAGCAUCUUUCAGGAGGCUGGAAUUCCUGUGGACAAAAUUCGUUAUGUCACUAUGGGGGUGGGGCUGUCUGAAGUCCUCAACAACAUCACAUGUGGCCUGCUGAUUGACCGUGUGGGCAGGAAAGUGCUGCUUUGGCUCGGUUUUGGUAUCAUGGCAGUCAUUAUGGCACUGAUGACCCUCACUUUGGAGCUAAAGGAUUACUCUUUCUGGAUUCCGCACAGCACCGUCGCCCUCGUAUUCCUCUUUGUCAUCUUUUACAGAGGAGGCCCAGCUGGAGUGAUGCCCUCGCUCAACCAUGAGAUAUUCAUCCAGUCGUAUCGCUCUGCAGCGUUUGUGUUAAUGGGAAUUCUGUUGUGGGGCAGCUUCACUGUGUUAGGAUUCAUCUUUCCUUUCCUUCUGGUCACUCUCAAGUCCUUCAUCUUUUUGCCCUUCUCUUGUGUCUGUUUGGCCACGUCCCUCUACAUUUUCUUCAUCCUACCAGAAACAAAGGGCAAAACUCCUCUGGAAAUCUCUGAGGAGUUUAGGAAAAUAAGAGUAUGCGGCUCUUCCACUGAUAUGGACUUGGAGACCAAGUUGUGAAAAACAACCUGAUACAAACAGGACAGAAGUAAAAAAGUAGUUUAUUUCUACUUCACUACUGAGCUGGUGAUGUAGGCUUGUGAUAUUAGACGACUUUUUUCUUUUUUGCUAAUUCAGUGCAAUCGUCUUGGUGUAUUGAGACUUUUUAUCACUGUAUAAUACUUAUCUAAAAACAAACCAGUCAAUAUGAUUGGGCUCACCUUUUCAUCAGGCCUUUUUAUUAUAAGUUAAAUCAGAUUCAGAUAAAAGCAGAAAGUUCAAAGAUGUGCAAUACAAUGUUGAGAGAGCAGAGAAUCCCAGAUGCCCCUAUCCCCGGCAACUUCCUCCAGCUCAUUCCCAGGGACU